GAGAGAGGUGGUGUUGUUGUCCUUAAUCUCCUUUACAAGCUUCCACAGUAUAAGGGAGAGGCCGUCCAGCAGUGUCUAAUCUAUAAUUGUCCUCUGCUACGCUGCCUCAGGUGCAACAGCUCAGGGUGGAGCUGCCAGAGUUUAAUGGAUACCCAGCAACAAUCCCACGGUAGGAGGUGGCUCGUUUUCCCAUGCCUGCCCUUUGAACCGUGCACAGUUUGAACAACACGCAUAAAAAAUAUACACGCCUUCACACCUGUGACCUCCUUCUUACCUCUGUGCUGACAAUAUGGCAAGAUUAAGAGUCAUUACAGGAUCAUUAUAUGUUUACUCACCCAUAAACGCCACCGUUAUCUCGCUGCAGAGGCCCUAAUCGAUUCUCUGUCCCCUACAGAGAUGAGAUAAGGAGAUAGAGGUGAGAAAACUGGAGAUAUGGGAGUGCUCGUACAGUGAAAAAUACUUCAUCCAUCCUAAAAGCCAUCGCACUUUUAGGAAUCUGCCUCUGUGGGAUCAACUGGUGAAAUUUCUACUCCAAUGUGUUCGGUAGCUCAUAUCGCCUUUUAGCAAGUUUUGUCCAUGUCGCUGAUCUUUAGGUACCGUAACCGUACUGAGGUCAGGCGAGCUGUUGCCGCGCUGGCUUGUAGUUACCCUUCAUUAUUGACACCUGCACCACAAAGAGGCUGGGUGUUAGCCAGGUCACGGCGGUAAUUGUGUGACCCCAUUUUCGAGCCACGUGGUUCCCGCGCCGACACAGAGAGCGUCACUCAACCACCUCCUACGAGCCGUCAACAGAUCCAGAUUAUUCAAUGUUCAAAUGUGUUUUUUUCAGUUAUGUGAACUAAUUUCUUUGGUGAAGCGGACGGAUGUCGCUGUGAUUCAGUAAGUGUCCACCAUGCUCCCUGCUAACCUCCUGCUCCUCAUGGUCUUGCUGCUACCUCAAGCCUCGUCUGGCCGCCAGGGUGGAGAAUCCAGCGAGACUGACAGUGGCAGGGUGCCCCCGACCCCUUCGUCCCCGUCGCCCGCCGCAGCGCUGCCCGAUCCCGGUCUGGCUCAGACCAUCCAGUCUCUCCUCCUGAGCCGGCUGGGCCUGCAGUCUCAGCCGAACCCCAGGCCCGACGUGCCGGUGCCGCAGUACCUCCUCGACCUUUAUCGCUUCCACCAGCAGCAGUACCAUCUGCUGGAAGACCCGACGUUCAGCUUCCCCAGCCACCACAUUCAGCAGGCCAACACUAUUCGCAGCUUUCACCACAGUGAUUCCUCUGGAGACAACACCAAAAUAAGAGAUCAGACAAGAGUGCACAUUUCCUUCAACAUCUCCUCCAUACCUCAAGAUGAAACGGUUCUCUCUGCUGAGCUUCGCCUGCUCCGCAGCCAGGCAGUGUCCCUGGGCCCCGGGCCUCACAGAUUAAACCUGUACCUCUCUAAACACUAUGAGGAUCCUGAGCCCACGUUGCUUGAGACAAGACUACUCACCAGUGGCCUCCAUGGCAUUAAAGCCGGUAGUUUCUGGGAGGCAUUUAGCCUAAAUGCGGACCUCCUCCGUAAAGCCCAUGGUGGGACUGGCAGCUUGGGCUUUCUCCUGGAGGUCAGACCUGAAAACAGCACCACCUCACCUGACCAGAGCAACUCUUCUGCUGCAGGUGAUAAUCAGUCAGAGCAACAUCAGGAGAGACACCUGAGGGUGUCCAGGUCGGUGGGACAGGACGAUCACAGCUGGGCCCAGGAGAGACCCCUCCUGGUGACUUACAGUCAUGACGGCCAUGGAGAGCCUUUAGUCAAACACGGCAGGAGAACAUCUGGUAACAGCAAGUGGAUUAAGGCUAGAAAAGGGUCAAACAUGAAGACCAAGAGAAGCGGCAAAGGCCACAAUAGAGACCAAGGCUGGGGGAAGACCCGAAAAAUGGGUUACUCCAUGAAGAGCUGGGGGGACGACAAAGGGGAGGUAAGCUGGCGUGAUCGUGGAAGAGUGAAAAGAAACGGCAGUCCCGCUAAGCUGAAGCGGCUUUCCCGUGGCAGGUGCCGGCGUCAUCCUCUACAUGUAGAUUUCAGAGAUGUGGGCUGGCACAAAUGGAUCAUCGCGCCGAGCGGCUAUGACGCCUUCUUCUGCCUGGGAGAGUGCCGUUACCCUCUGGCCGACCACAUGAACGCCUCCAGCCAUGCCGUGGUCCAAACCAUGGUAAACUCUGUGAACGGAGCAGUGCCCCGGGCCUGUUGCGUCCCGACCUCCCUCAGCCCCAUUGCCCUGCUUUACCUGGACAAUCACGACAGAGUCGUGUUAAAGAAUUACCAGGACAUGGUGGUGGAAAGCUGCGGCUGCUGGUAGAGGAACCGGAGGGCUCAGAUGCAGCGACCCUGACAAGGAAACAAAGAGGAGACUGAAAGAACAGAAGGACGGGAGGAAGAGGCCAGAAAGCUGCAAACAGACAGACAGAGACUGAAAAAAAAACACAAAAAAAAUACAGCAAACAGAAAUAUGAGCAGAGAGGAGAGUGAUGAUGGGAUAGAGCAGCUAAGUUAUCAUUAUCAGGAGCAAACAGUGUUGACUGGAAGAGAGAGUUUAAAGUAUAAGAAUAUUUGAGAGAAAUAAUGUGCAACAUAUUGAUGACAGAAAUAAACUGCCAGGAGUGAUGCUCUAUUUUCCAUUUUGCAAUUUUGCAGCCGUUUACAUCAUUCACUGCCAAUCUACUAGCUCCACUGUGAGAAGCCAAUGCUUUAACAUCGAAUGCUUUGACAACAAAAGGUCUGCAUGAAUGACAGCAACCUGUAGGAAAGCACAGGUGAAGGAAGGCAGCCAACCUCCUGACUAGAAACAGAAGUCACUGAAGGACAGAGAUGGAGACUCAAACUCUACGCUGAGCUGCAGAAACAGACUUCAGACUUGACACAAACUCUCGCUGUAAAGACUUUAGAACCAGCUCAGACUCAUGGUCUGGUACUUCUUUUUGUGCAAUCAGAGGUGAAAGUACCUUAGGAAAUGUUGUGAAUCUUCUACGUUACCAGAGUGUACACUAAUGACUGAACAGGAUGUGCCAGUAGAAGGAGCUAACGGUAGCUUUCAAGUUUGUUGAGAUGUUCGUUUCAUCCUAGUAAAGGAUGCGGUUGAUUUAUUAACCAUCAUGAUUCAUAGACUGUGGGCUAUUAAUGGUUCAUAACAACCUAUUCAUGUUAGCUGUAGAUUCAUGACAAUGGCAGAUGAACACGCCGCUAAAUAAGUAAAUCUUAUUGUCUCACAAGGCAGCACCAUCACAAAAAUCACUUCAAUUCCUUCAAAACAAAAGCAUUUCCUGUUAUAUUUUAUUAAAUUUAGCAUCUUACUUUUAAUUUGUUCACCACAUGAUGUUUCAUUUAACAUUUUUGAUUAAACAAUCAACUUGGAACAUUUAUUGCCAGCUAUAAACGAAGUUUUUAAAUGUAGAGCUAGCACUUGGUUUCCCAAUAAUCUGGCUCAUCUUAAACCUCAAAGAAAGAAGAAAAACCAUAAUCCAAGACUAAUCUCUCGCAGAGUAAAGAAUGAGGCUAUUUGAUCUGUGGGAUUAACAGGUGCUACAUACAGCUAUACAAAGAGACGUCCUCACAAUAAAAGCACUUCCUGUUAGACUCAUGAACCGGUUUGACAUUAAAGUGUUGCCCUAGUUCAGCAGGUUUUUUAAGUCCACAUUUAGAGUUUUGUUCAGGUAUUUUGUAAUUAAUUUUCAAAGUAAUUCACGUUUUUGUUUUUUUUCACAAAUUAAAUCAAAAGUACUAAGCGCUAGAUCAGGAUUUUACCCACAGAGCCUUGCUGUUUUAGGAAGACCAGACCGCAUGCAUCUGCCGUGAAAGAUUUGAAACCUGACAUGGACUUGAGGCCAAAGACUUGUGGGUCAGCUUGUCAACAUCUCUGUCCUCAGGACACAUUUAAGCUCCUGUGCACUUCAAGCAAUCCUAUGUACUUCUGCCUGACUUGACCUGAAUAAUCAACUGUGUUUGAAAUAAAUAUGACGACGGCACCAGCAUGUCAGUAAAGCCUUUGUGCUACAGUGUCUUAUCGGCAGUAUUUGAAUGAGAAGAAGGGAAAAUUUGUUGCUACGUAAGCUGAUAUCAAGAAUGACUGUAGCAUACAAGCAACCACUACGUCACAAGCUAUUUAAAACAAUAAUGCUGAGGAAUUAAUAUGCUAUUAUUUGAAUGUAUUGCUAUCAUUAUUAUUUAAAGAAAAAAAAAAGAAAGAAAGAAUUUUGUAAAAGGUUUUUUGCAAAACUUCAUAUAAUGGUUGUGUCGUGAUUUUUACAUAAAAAAGUGAACUUUAAGUUAAGAGACACAUUAUGUAUUUAAAGAAAGCAGCAGUAUGGUGUAUUUAAUCUAGAAAAUAUUUAAAAUAUCUGCACUCAUCAGAGCAAACAUGUAAGCCUGCCAGCCACACAAAGUACUUAAUGGUAGCUUUACAUCCCAACGAAUGUUUAGUAUAUUGAAAUUAACAGUGUUUGACGCUUCACCUGCCUUUUUGGUGUGCAACACAUGGUAGCAGACAUAUGUGGUAUUACCUCUAGGAACUGAACUAACACAUCAGCCGGAAGCUCUGUGUGUUCUAGCAGCUGAAGUGUGUAACACAGGUGUCCUUGCUAUAGUUGUGUUUGCAUGUGUGCGAUGUGACGGAUAGUAAAAACUCGGCCUUUAGUGCCUUUUAAAACAGGGGCUUUCAAUGUGUUCUCUGCUGAGCUUUGUGUGUUUUACAGUGAUGCAUUUUCCUCUAUGAACGGAAACGUUUCAGCAAGAGCUUGUACAAUGUUUGCCAAUAUACCUCUAAUAAACAGACCAAGCAGAACAA